AUGAGUAACGAGGAGGAUGAUUACAAUGAAGAUAAAAGUAUAAGGGACUCGAAGAAAAUAAGAAAAAAAAAAGGUCGUAGACGGAUGUUAUCGAAACUUCGGGAUGUUGGUCGACAUAUGAAGUCACGUAUUCUACGUGAACAGUCAGUAUCAUCACAAUCAACGGAAUAUGAUCUUGAGAGAGAUGAAGAGAGCAAUUUGGAGGGUGUCAAAAUUGAACGAGCUGAAAGUGAGUUCACGGAAACACCGAUGCAAACUACCGAUACAAUCUCAUCGGAUCAACAGUUGGAAUCUGAAACAAUCCGUUCAACAGAUGAUUCGGAUAGUAGCACUGUAUCACGUAGGCAUCGAAUAAGUGUCGGUGAUAAAAUAAACCAAGAAAUGAUUGAAAUGGAAAAUCAAGAAGAGGAAGAUCUCAGCAUGUGGCAAUUGUUCACUGUACGAUUACACAUAUUUGAGGCUCGCGAACUUCAUGGAAAUAGUUUGAAUCCUUUGCUUCGUGUAAUAUUAGAUGGACGUUGUCGUUCAAGUCUAUCGCAGCAUAGUACGAAUUCACCACGUUGGGAUGAAUCUCUCUCUUUCACGAUCGGAAAGUCACUUCAGGAAAUGAUGCAGACAUGCCUGGAGUUCCGAAUCUAUAAUACUCGAAAACUUGCAAGUGAUACAUUGAUCGGAGGAUUUCAAUGCGAGCUAGGAUACAUCUACAAAUCAAAACGACAUUUGUUGCGGGAAAAAUGGCUUGUUCUUAGAUCUGACUAUCAAGAAAUUGUAGCAAUGGGAGAAACCGAUCGAAUUGCUUCUUCCGAUAUACGUGGCUUCUUAAAGGUAUCAAUGAAUGUACGUCGAAGCCUUGAUCCGAUACCGGCACCAUCGUUACGUAGCACAAUGAUACAUGAUGACGAGGACAUUUUGUUCUCCGGUUCACUUACGCAAUACACUAUGCUGGUAAGAAUCUUCCAGUUAUGCCAAAUAGCUGACCAUUUGCGAAUGCACAAUGACGAUGUUGCGAGGCUCGCUGUCCAAGUGCAGGUUGGAAAAGAACGUGAAAUGACGCAUGUUUUACCAGCUCUAUAUGAAGUAGUUGAUUUUAAUGAGGAAAUUAUGCUUCCUGUAGUUUGGCCAACCGUUGUAAAAUAUGUAUCAUUUCGUAUUAUUCUCGUUUAUCAGACAAAAAUUCGUAAAAAGAAUAAGGAAAAAAUAUUGGCUACGGCACAUCUGAAUUUAUCUGAUAUUUGUCAGUCAGGGUAUAUGAAUGUGAUAGCAAGUGAUCCAUCCAGCUCUGAUAAUCAGGGCUUCUUGCCAGUAUUUGGUCCAUCAUAUAUAAGCUUUUAUGCAUCAAGUGAACAGGGAGUAAUAAAAAAAGUUGAAAAAGCUAUACGAGAAGGAAGACGAUCAGGCGACUGUUUUGUUGCCCGUGCGCUUAUUGAAGUGAUAUGUUUGGAGGAAGGUUGUGAGCGAAGUUGUCGUGAUCCGAUAACGCCUGAUAUUGUAUUUUCUCUAAAACCACAAUUACGUACAUCAGAAUAUGUAUUAUUGUCCACAUUUUUUACUGUAAAUAUGAUUCACCCUAAACUCAAAUUCAAAAAUGUGCGUUUUUCGUUGAGUAUAGGAGAAUAUGGCAAUCGAGCCUAUGGGAAGGUACCAAAAUGUACGGCACGGACACUUUCGGUAAUGCCAGCCUUUGCUGAGAAGUAUUAUACGAUGCCAUGGGGAAAUCAUAAGCCUGUUUGUGAAAUACCUUGUGCAUGGGAGGAUGUUUCAUUCCGAAUGGGACAUACCAAUGUUUUGCGGAAGAUAGCUGAGAUGCUAUUACACUCUUCCAGUUUGGCAAAAUUGAAAUCUGAUAGUAAAGCAAAAGUAUCUUCAAUCAUUGUCGAUGCUAUUGAUCAAGCUUGCGAUUAUUUUGCAAAACUGAGCAAAUGCAUUAAACGAGACUGGGAAUCACCGCUCUCGUCGUCGCUUGAUCAGAGGCGCCGUCAUGUCAUUAUUUCAGCUAUUGUUAAAAUGAUCGAGGAUUUUGCUGUACUGAAAUACGAUAAACAAGAUGUAUUUCAAGUCAAUGAAAUUGCUUUAAAUCAACUGCAGCAGAUCGCUGAACUUCUAAUAAAAAUUUCAAAUGAACCGGAGAUGUCAAUACCAGAUGCAGUACUUUCGAUGUGCGAUGGCGACGAAUUACUCGCAUUCGCGCGAAUUCCUGUAAACGAAAUCUACUAUCACAAUAAAGAUUGCUAUCGGGGAAUAUUUUGUGGGCGUUUGCGAGUAAUAACAUUAAAAUGGUCGAGGCAUGAUGAGAAGAUAGGGAAAAAAGAACAAAUACCAGCUCUUGUUCAUUUGCGCCUUUGGUUUGGAAAAGUAGCGGAUCGUAGAAAUUGGGAUAAAGCAAUCAAGCCUGGAGUUGUCCAAUAUUUUGCUGAAGUUUUCGAAAAUCAACGAAGGCAUGCAGGUGGUCAGUGGAUGGAGACUGAUGGAAAGAAUGGUGAGCCUUACGCUCGAUCGGAUGAAACAGGAAUUAUUCGAAUGUCUGAAGACGAUGUAAAAGUAUCGCAUGGAUGGUCCUACAAGGGUGCCUGGAAAAUAAUGUUCUGCCAUGAUAUGUGGGUUGGACCUGAUGCUGGUCAUUCACAAUAUGAGGAUGAAAUUUUUGAAGUGCAGGAAAAGCAAAAUGAUGUCUGGACUGAUUUAUAUUACAUAGAUACAUCCGGUAACCCUAUUGAUAAUGCUCGCGGUCGAAAUGCUCCACCAGGAUGGCGAUGGGUUGGUGAUUGGACGGUUGAUCUAUUUUGUGCAGGUGAUCCCGAAGGAUGGUCUUAUUCUUCCAAUAUCGCUAAUUUUGGUAAUGAUGAUGCUGUUAUCGAUUACAGAGAGCGAGAAGGACAUAAAUUUCGACAUCGACGUUGGUGGCGUAUGAGGACCCUUGGAUCUGGCACUAAAGAUGUUUUUGAAAAUAUCGAUGCUUUGCGGAAAAGCAUUGAUCCUGAGCUAUGGGAGUAUGCCAGUGAUUUUCGUGAACCGGUACAUGUGCAAAAGAUGCCUGGUGAUAAGUAUCGACGCCGUCGAUAUGUUCGUGAAAUGGUGUUCUCGACUAAUCUUAGUCAGAGGCGCAGAUUGGCUCUGUAUUUAGCUGAGAAUGUUUCAGUUUCACCUCGAAUUUAUGAAGUUUAUGAUCAUGUAACACGAUGGCAGAUGCGUGCAUCAAUUUUAUGGGCUAGAGAUUUACUACCAACAAAUCGACAUGGAUCGAGAGCAUUUGUUCGAGUUGUGUUUUUGAAUCGUUGUCAAGAAACGGCAAUCAUUGAAAAUACUGUUGAUCCGAUUUGGAAUGAAACUCUUAUUUUUAAGCAAGUGAUAAUAUGCGGUGGGAUGACGUCUGUCCGAAAAGAUCCACCUACAGUAGUGGUGGAACUAUGCUCAGAAGAUUUCAAUUCUUCUGAAAUAUUUCUUGGACGUUUUAUGACAACACCUUCAGUCAUAUCACUUGCAACUGAUCAUCGUGAAAUGCCUACUUGGUUUCCAUUAUCAUUCCGCAAGGAUAAGCAGAAAGGCGCUUUAUUAGCUCUAUUUGAAUUAUUCUUAUACGAGGGUCAAGCCAUACAUAUUGCACCGUUGAAACCGCCACGUAAAAAACAAAGUGUUCGUUAUGCAGUGGCACGUGAUGUUUAUCCAAUUGUUAAGCAGUACACAGUACAAAUUUUGUGCUGGGGUGUUCGGGAUUUACCUCGAUAUCAAUUGUCAUCUGUGCGUAAUCCAUUUGUGGAAAUUCGUAUUGGUGACAAGAUAGCUCGAAGUGAUGUGAUCGAAGAUGCGAAGCGUAAUCCAAACUUCAAACGGCCAUUAAUAAUUUUAAAUAAAGUUCAACUCCCUGUUCAUUUUUAUUAUGCACCACCGCUAACUUUCAACCUAUAUGAUAGACGUUCAUUUGGACGUGAACCGCACAUCGGUAUUUGCAUUGUUCAGGAUUUUGCCAAAUAUAUUAGCAAAUUACCAAAGCAUGCAAAACGGGAUAUUUAUAGUUGGGAGAAAUAUGAUAAGGUAUUAUCUUCUGAGGAAGCUUAUGAAAAUGAAACGAUGAUGGCAGAUUCUGAAGAGUAUUUCUUUGGUGAUUACAUCGUCGAUUGGUGGAGCAAAUACUACAGUUCAACUGGUGAAUGCGAAAAAGCGCCAGGAUAUGCUGAUUCUGGAAUUGAAAAAUUACGGGUGUUUACAUGCGCACUUGAAGAUGUGAACGAGUACUGCGGGUUUUCUGAUUUUCUCGACACAUUUAUCUUUCGGAAGAUGACCAAAGAAAAUAUCGAAAUACCAGAACUAAGAAUACCACGCGGUGAAUUAAAAGCUCGAAUUUUCAUUCGAAGAGAGGAGGACAAAAUGUCAAAUGAGUAUUUUGCUUUGCAAAUUGCCGAAUUUGCUGGAGUGACCAAAUGUACAAUUCGCAUAUACAUUGUGAGAGCCUUCGAUUUGGUCAGCAGACGAAAGGAUGGUACCUGUGAUGCUUACAUUAGUGUGAAAUGUGGUACAAAGAAGAAAAAAAACUUACGAAAAGAUUAUCGGCCAAGUUCACUGAACCCAUUGUUUGGCCAAAUGAUUGAAAUGGAAGUAGAAAUACCAAUGGAUAAAAAUCUUGUUGUAUCAGUCAUGGAUCGUCACCGUGUCUUUUCGGACAAUGAAAUUGGACAUACGGUAAUUGAUUUGGAAAAUCGUCUUUUGACACAAUUUCGCGCUACCGUUGGCUUACCGCAACAAUAUACAAUACGAGGACCACUUGUUUGGCGUGAUCAACUCACACCUCUUAGUAUAUUAAAACAGCAUUGUAUAAAGAUGAAUUAUCCUGCACCAGAAAUGUUAAUGAAAGGAAGUGAUGUUGGAAUUAUGAUGGCUGGAGUAGCGGUUUGGCUUAGUGAUAUUGAAAAUAUUCCUCCAAGUAAUGUGGGGAUUUUAGGACGACCAUUGCAGCGGAUUGCGCUUUAUAUUUUAAUCAAGAUGAAUUUGGUACCAGAACAUGUGGAAACUCGACCGCUGUAUAGUGCCAUUAAUGCUGAUAGCGAGUGUGGUAAAUUGGAAAUGUUUGUCGAUUUGUUCCCACAUGUAUUAGGACCAAUACCGCCACCUCUUAAUAUAUCACCUCGUCGACCUCACAAAUUCCAGCUACGUGUAGCAGUUUGGAGUGUUCGUAAUGUAAUUCUUACCAAGAGAACGAUGGGAAAACCGGCAGCAGAUAUCUAUUUGAAGGUUUUCUUGAACGGAAGUGAUAAAAAAGAGAAAACUGAUGUUCAUUAUCGAAGUCUUGAUGGAUACGGUUCAUUCAAUUGGCGUUUCGUAUUUGAUUUCGAUUUCGAUAUUUGGGAGAAGAAAAUAGUGAUGUAUACCAAAAAACACCUCUUUGGCAAGAAGUCGUUGUUGUUGGUAGAUCCAAUAUUGUUCGUUCAAAUCUGGGACAACAGCAAAUUUCGAGAAGACAGCUAUAUCGGACAACUUACGCUGGACUUGCUGUCUUUCGAUGAGGCGCAAAUGGAUGCUAAUGAAAUGUACAAUGUUGAUUAUGCUCGCAAAAAACGCAAUCCGUGUGUUUGCUGUAUCAAAUGCUGUUCUUGCUUUUGUCGUAUCAGAAAACAAGAGCAAAAAAAGAAAAUUAUUCCGUUACCGCGAGCACCACCGUAUAUAUCGGGAAACGUUGGUCAGUUUUCAUUAUUUCAACAGCGUACGGCGUAUGGAUGGUGGCCAUGCGUCAGUACUUCUCUACCUGACGAACAGAAAUUAGAUUUUGAUGCGAAAAGAAAAAAAGAUGAUGAUUUCACUGCCCAAAAGCCAUAUGUAACCGGUGCAGUGGAAUUAGAAUUGACAUUGUUAACAGCCAAAGAAGCAAAACUUGACCCUGUGGGAAGGAAACGAAGGAAACCAAAUCAUUCACCAUAUCUUCCGCAACCGAAUCGUCCUCGCUUUGACCAGUUCUGGUGCCUUUCACGAGUUAAAGCAUGCUGUUCAUUGUGUUGGACCAGUUGGGGUAAACAAUGCAUUAUCAUAACUAUAGUUGUUCUGAUUGGCGUGGUUCUUAUCGUUUCGACUGUUUACAAGUUACCUAAUAUUAUUACUACAAAAGUAUUUAAUGCUGGCAGUUGA